AUGCCAUCUUCCGCAUCCUCUUCAUCUACGUCUUCGACCUCGGCCACUUCUCCUGCCAAUGACACUUCGGCUUCUUGUUCAGCUUCUGUGAAAGCUACACCCAAUCCUUCCAAAACGGAACCCAAACCCAUCAAACUGAGGGCAGCUUGCAACCACUGCUUCUCGGCCAAGGUUCGAUGUGAUGGGAACAAGGAGGGCUGUCGUAGAUGCUGUGAGAAGAGAUUAUCCUGCGUCUAUAGUGAAUCCAGAGUCGGGAAAGUGGUAGGCAAACGACGAAAGCGACCCAUCGACGACUCCAUCGGCACCAUCAACUCCCAGUUGUGGAUUGUCCAUAAUUCCCUCCCCAUACAGUCUAUCCCUUCACCUGCCACCACCCACGGCUCAGAUGAGUCGGGCAGAAGGGUUCGCAACCCGCCUGCCUGGUCCUCCUUCGUCGUCAACGGUGAUUCUGGUUUCCUAAAUUUCGACGAGACCACUGAGUCACUAGGCGCCCUGGAAAUGGCAGACAACCGGAGCUACUCGAUGGCCAGCGACCUCAGUUUCUUCCACAAUAGCGGGCUGCCUACACCUGGUCUCAGCCCGCCUCAAUUUACCCGAUAUCUGUCCCCGGCCCAACUUGAAGCUCGGCCUCUUUCGAGACAGUCGUCAUGUCCGGUUGAUCCAUCCAAGCUGCACCCCCCAAGCUAUGCGGUGCCGCUGUCUCGCAACAUCGAGACUGGCCAGGAAGAUGAAGAGUCAGUGUGCAUCAAAUUGCUCGCUCAUCUCAAGAAGCAUUCGUCUGAUGAAUCGCAACCGCGGGAGAUGCAAAUUGAGCUCUUGAAGAAGAGCAACGCUGCCGUGCGGAGGAUAUUGCGCAGUAAAACGGUUCGAACUGACUACCCGUGCCACUUACUGCUCUCCAACAUUAUCAAUCACUUGGUUCGAUUAUGUGAGCGACUGUGUCAGGGCCGACUGGAUGAUUGCGGCUUGGGAAAUAUGGAGUGCCAGUUUCUACAAGAGCAAGUCCAUUUUGAGGGCAUGCCUGGCUUCUUUGAUACCCCCGUUCCGACAGCUGUCCCGGCACCGGAUCAGGAUCUGCUGGGGAGCCUCGUUAAAGAGGUAAUAGCGUUCACAUCGAUAGUGGGCGAUUUCUUGAAGAAGAAGCCCAUUUACGGAUUCCAACAUCUAGGACGGCACGAGACCUUUCAUGUCGAGUUAGAACAGAGGCUGAAGAAGGCAACUGUCUUGCUACGGUCGUGA